GACCCACCCCCUUCCGAGCGAGCCCGCGGGGAGUCAGGAGGACGGCCCCCGCCUCCGAGCCGUGUUCGAUGCCCUGGACGGGGAUGGGGACGGUUUCGUCCGCAUCGAGGACUUCGUCCAGUUUGCCACGGUCUACGGGGCAGAGCAGGUGAAGGACUUAACUAAGUACUUGGAUCCCAGUGGGCUCGGCGUGAUCAGCUUUGAAGACUUCUACCAAGGGAUCACAGCCAUCAGAAACGGAGAUCCCGAUGGCCAGUGCUACGGUGGCGUCGCUUCUGCCCAAGACGAGGAGCCCCUGGCCUGCCCGGAUGAGUUCGAUGACUUCGUUACCUACGAGGCCAACGAGGUGACGGACAGCGCGUACAUGGGCUCCGAGAGCACCUACAGUGAGUGUGAGACCUUCACGGACGAGGACACCAGCACCCUGGUGCACCCUGAGCUGCAACCUGAAGGGGACGCAGACAGUGCCGGCGGCUCGGCAGUGCCCUCCGAGUGCCUGGACGCCAUGGAGGAGCCCGACCAUGGUGCCCUGCUGCUGCUCCCGGGCAGGUCUCACCCCCAUGGCCAGUCUGUCAUCACGGUGAUUGGGGGUGAGGAGCACUUUGAGGACUACGGUGAAGGCAGUGAGGCAGAGCUGUCCCCAGAGACCCUGUGCAACGGGCAGCUCGGCUGCAGUGACCCCGCUUUCCUCACGCCCAGCACUGACCCUCUUGCCGCAAAGCUGCACAGCAUCCUCACUGAUGAGGCGUUUGAGUUUUACUGUAGCCAGUGCCACAAACAAAUCAACCGCCUUGAGGAUCUUUCCGCCCGCCUGAGUGAUCUUGAAAUGAAUAGUCCGACAAAGCGGCUCUCCAGCAAGAAGGUGGCGAGGUACCUGCACCAGUCAGGGGCCCUGACUAUGGAGGCCCUGGAGGACCCUUCCCCCGAGCUCGUGGAGGGCCCAGAGGAGGACAUUGCUGACAAGGUCGUCUUCCUGGAAAGGCGUGUGCUGGAGCUGGAAAAGGACACGGCAGCCACUGGCGAGCAACACAGCCGCCUGAGGCAGGAGAACCUGCAGCUGGUGCACAGAGCAAACGCCCUGGAGGAGCAGCUGAAGGAGCAGGAGCUGAGAGCCUGCGAGAUGGUCCUGGAAGAGACCCGGCGGCAGAAGGAGCUCCUGUGCAAGAUGGAGAGGGAGAAGAGCAUCGAGAUCGAGAACCUGCAGGCCAGGCUACAGCAACUGGACGAGGAGAACAGUGAGCUCCGGUCCUGCACGCCCUGUCUGAAGGCCAACAUUGAGCGCCUGGAGGAGGAGAAGCAGAAGCUGUUGGAUGAGAUAGAGUCGCUGACGCUGCGGCUCAGCGAAGAGCAGGAGAACAAGAGGAGGAUGGGGGACAGGCUGAGUCACGAGAGGCACCAGUUCCAGAGGGACAAGGAGGCCACACAGGAGCUGAUCGAGGACCUCCGAAAGCAGCUGGAGCACCUGCAGCUCCUGAAGCUGGAGGCUGAGCAGCGGCGGGGCCGCAGCAGCAGCAUGGGCCUGCAGGAGUACCACAGCCGCGCCCGGGAGAGCGAGCUGGAGCAGGAGGUCCGCAGGCUGAAGCAGGACAACCGCAACCUUAAGGAGCAGAACGAGGAGCUGAACGGGCAGAUCAUUACGCUCAGCAUCCAGGGCGCCAAGAGCCUCUUCUCCACAGCCUUCUCUGAGUCCCUGGCUGCAGAGAUCAGCUCUGUCUCCCGAGACGAGCUCAUGGAGGCAAUUCAGAAGCAGGAGGAGAUCAACUUCCGCCUGCAGGACUACAUCGACAGGAUCAUCGUGGCCAUCAUGGAGACCAACCCGUCCAUCCUGGAGGUCAAGUAGAGGCAGGAAGGCCCAGCCUGGGCUGGAUUCGGGACUUCAACACCCUGGAGUGGUCCCGUCACACCGUGAGGAGCCAAGACCAGCAGGUCCCACAGCCGACGGUGCCCAGAGCAUGCAGGGAGUCCUCAUGCAGCUGGGCUGGGGCCGCCAAAGACAGGGGCUGCCAAAGGGGCAGAGGGUGGUGGAGAGGAGAGGGAGAAAGGAAAGUCCCAGGGCCCGGGGUUCAUAGAGGGUGAGGGUUGUGGCGGGGCCAUCCAUCAGCGCUGACCUUUCGGGGGGCCCAGAGCUUUCCAGCCCUAAGUCACCCUGGCCGUGAACGCCUAUACUUCAGUUCAGCAGGAUGGGCUGGAGAGCCUCUCUGUGCAGAGGUGUAGGGUGAGCCCCGCUGUGGCCUCCUUGUGGUGGUCCCUUUCCACAUGCAGCCCUAUUGGGAAGAAAGGAAGAAAACGGGUCCUUCCAGGGGUGCUGCUGCCUAAGCCACCCGCACAAGUACCCUGGUGCCGUUUCACCCAUGCUGAGCCGCUGCUGAUGGCUGACGGGCUCCCGGACCCUCACCUCAGACAUGGUGGUGCGGGAAGGACGGGUGGGCAAGGCUGGUGCAUUUCCCAAGCUCUACCUACGCUGCUUGGGCCAUUGCCCAGUCAGAUGUGGUCACCUCAGUCCAGCUCUGGGGCCUCCAGGCCAUGUGGCUGUUCCCAUGGCCCAUUCCUCGCUGCAGUAACCCCUGGGGGCUCUGACCACCUAUGGGGGUCGGGCAGGAGCCACUGGGGCCCUCCACUCCGACAUCAGGACCUGAGAUUACAGCUGUGUGGCACUCUCUCCCUGGGUGGGGUGGAUGCUGCAGGCCCCUCUGGCUCCCAGGUGCUGCUUCUCCACAGGUGCGGCCUGACCUGGCCUCCUAAAGGCCACACCCUCCCCACGCACUUCCCAGGCCAGAGUCCAAACAUCGGGAACCCUGUUUUCUUGUUUGUGUCUCACUUAGAAAUCGUGGUUCUUCCCCGAGGGUGCGUGUUGUAGGAGGGAGAGGGCAGGGAAGACUCACAGCAGAGCGGGAGGGGCUGCGCUUCUCGGGUCCGCACCCCAGGCGCAGCGGUGUCACCCCGCAGGGCUGCGGGCCUGCCCCCGACCCCCAGCAUUCCCGGGUGGGCCCAGACCCCAUCACCAAGACUGGCCACCUGCUGCGUGUGAGUGCGCGCAUGUGUGUGUGCGUGCGUGCACCUGUGUGGCCCCGCAUCCACCGCCUUCCAUGCUAGGAUGUAAGAGGUCGCCUCCUAUUGUACAUUUGGGGAAAGCCUUGGGUGUAAAUCAGUGUAAACUUGGAGGAGAAAUUUUUCUAUCAUGUAGAGUAGGUAUUUUUUAUAGAUUGAAGGUUGAUCAAUUUUUUAAUACUUUCAAGAGAGAAAACUAUCUGUGUAUACACAUGAAAUAUAUAUAUAUAUAUAUGUAUAAUAUAUAAA